GCAGGCACCAUCAGUGCUGUACAAGACCUGGUUGAGUGAGGAUGUACGUCCGGCCGCUCGGAAACACCUCCGUCUGUGCCCCGACCUCCGCGGAUAUAACGACCGUUCAGUGCGCUUGUUGUAAUUAGCGAAAUGCGAUGUAUUCGCCAGGUAAUUCUGCCAUGUUCAACCCGGCAAUUGACGAUGAAUCCACCAUGGAAAUAUAUUAAUUAACAUACAAGCAACUGGGGAAAUAAUGUGUAACUGCCGAAGCUAAUUUGGACUGAUUAUUUUCGGGGAAGAGAGGCCUAAUUAAGGCCUCUUCAAUUCUAGGUUAUGACGUGGGCGUAGUGUUCCCUGGCUCGUUGAACCUCCCACCCCAGCACUGAUGAACAACAACACUACGUAUUUAACAGAAAAAGCAAAUGUAUCAAAAACAGGACAAAGUGACAGUAAAAGAUAGAGAAAGAAAAAAUCAGGUGAACAAAUCGUAAGCAAAAACGUAAAUUAGUCCCAGUUCAACCUGUCAUGUGAGGAGUGAAAAAAGAAACUGUUUACCACUUAGCAAUACGUGGAUUUUGCAACUCGUUUGACUGGUGUGACUGCCCUCCCACGCACGCCUCUAAAUACACCCUCCCACACACACCCUACAACAUGCAUGGGAGAGGAAGGAUAUGAUCGAUGCUGUCCCAUCUGAAUUCGCCAUAGAAAAUUAUGCUCAGGUGGCCGCGGUUGGCAGGUCAUGGAUGGAGUGGGAAGACCGCCAGCGCCGUGAUACCGAGGACUGGCCUCCCCCCCGCCCUCCAGAUUUCCCCUCUUUCCCUGAUGGCCCCUGGGGGGAGAGCCACGCCUGGGAGGAGAACGACGACCACCACCACGCCAGCCCCUUCGACGACAGCCCCUGGGAGGACUUCGCCUGGGGAGGGGAUGACUUUGAAUCCCCUGAGGGCGAUGCUGUUGUGGAUGGGUGUGAGUGUGGCGGCCCCCCGCCUCCAGUAUUCCACCUGCCGCCGCCUCCACCAAUGCCCAAGGUGCCCGAGGAGGAGGAGGGAUCUGGGUGCGAUGCCCCGCCUCCUGCUGAGGUGUGCCCCGCCCUCCUGGUGGCAGGAGGUGCCCACACACACCAGAGACUCCACCCACCCCUGGCAGCUCUGGUGGUCGCUGCUGCAACCCUCACUGUCGUCUUUAUUAUUGCUGCUCUUGUCUGCUGGAGAUACAGACGGCAGCGGGCAAGACGAGGACCUUCCAAAUCCAGCAGUGACCUCACCAACGGUGUCAUCUACGAGGACCUUCCUUCAGGUCCCACGCCCAGAGUGGUGCCUGCCUCCCACACCCAUACCAGUGACACUCAUACACUCGCACCCAUGGAGUUGCUGGACAUGAAGCUUACGUCUCACGUACAUAACACGACGUACGGAGGGGCAGAGAGCACGACGCCCACGCUGCUACAGCAGUACCAGACGCCUCAAGCACUCUCACCCACGUUCACCCACGCCCACACCUCACCACCCUACUCACCCAAGCAGACCUACGACGCCCACCGCUCCAGUAGAAGUUCCCAGGAGAUAUAUAACCCCACCUACGAGGAGAUCUCCACAGGUAGUGACACCACCUCCGUCAGCAGUGCCAGCGUCAGCUCGGAGGGCACUGGGGCCUCGCAGUCCCGGGAGCAGCGGCUCGGAGACGGUCCGGGACCUCCGGGUAUCGUGUGGUCGGAGCCGGGAAGCUGCGCUUGUUCGGGCCGCCGCGCGGCGCAGGGACGCCGUGGCAUGCGCGGCCCUGGGCGACCACGUAAGCCCCGGGCCACCAGCAGUGCCACCAGUACCGGCACUACCGAAGGCAGCGAGUACCACGAGGCACUGCUGCCUCAGCUGGUGCCAUCUCUAGCCAUAAAGGGUACGGCGCGGCACCCAGGCUUGCCCUAUACCAUACAGGGCACGAGCGAUGGUCGUACAUCCACCUCCUCGUCCUCUGAUCUUCCCGUGGACCGCUGCCUGGCACCCAGAGAGCCACGCUACUACGUGGGGGUGCCGCCCCCUAUAAACCGCAGCCCCAACACCCCAGAGGGCCCAGGGCGAGGGCCCCCUGGCCUCCAGUACGGAGGGGACUCAAUAGAAGGGUCCUCAGGGGCGUCUACGUGUGGGGGGGAGCGGCCUUCCCCUACGGAGAGGGGGCUACCCCCUUUGCCCUCUCGUAGCGAUCGCUACCGCAUCUACUUCACGACGGAGCGGCGGCGGGUAGCGGAAGUAGCACCGCAUCCCGCCGCAACGCGAACCUUGGACCCCGCCGCCAGAAAGCGGCAGAGGCGCCACGACGCUACCGGCGCCAGGGAGAACGAGCCUCUCUACCACGAGCUGUAGCCGCCACCCCGUGUAACGCACCUGCCACCCUGUGUAGCACACCUGCCACCCCGUGUAGCACACCUUCCACUCGUGUACCACACCUGCCACCCCAUGUAAAACACACCUGUCACCCCCAUGUAACACACCAGAAAUGCAAUGUAACAAGUGCCACCAAUGUAGCACACCUGCCACCCCGUGUACUAUACCCUGCACUCCUUCCACACCUGCCCUCUAGCUCAUUCUGAACACAUCUCAACACAGUAUCACAAAUAAUAUGCAUCACACCCAUAUUUAACACUUUUCUUACACACACACACACACACACACACACAGUAGCACCCUCUGAUGACGUUAUUAGUUUACCAGUCAUUUUUUUAACUCAGGCCUCUGUACCUAAAAUAAAGAGUUAAUUUGACGUUGUGAUAAUGAAGUUUCUAGUGGAGGACUCAAAGAGCUACCAUACAGUGCAGAAAGCUUAAGAUGGGAUUCGAACCGGGGUCCUGCACGUUCAUAAAUCCAACUGCUCAUCACUGUACCCAGAACUAGUUGAACAUCAGGUUUCUGGUUCUGUUGCUGAAGGAUUAAACACCCCCACCUUAGUUUUCACCUGAUUUCGCUUCCAUCUCGGCACAAUUAACACGGUUCUUCUGCAGCUUAACUUGAAACCUGGAGUGAUUUACAGGUUCUGUUGCCGUCAAGUAGUAGUUGGCUGAGGGGUUAGCAUGUGGUUUUAGGACUAUUCAGUACCCCAGUUAGAACCCCACCCAAUUUAAAUUCUUAGUUUCACGUUAUACAUAUAUAUAUUAUAUUGCCCCAGAACAGUGUAUACCUAUUGUUAUCUCUUUCAUUGUAUAGUUUACUGAAAAUACAGUUUGACAAUCUUGUUCUCAGAAUCAGUUCAUCACUCCCUUGUAAAGAUGGGGGUAAGAUACUAGAAAGAUGCACAAAGCCUCGUGGCACAUUCUUUGUUACAUUACCAGAAAAACUGAAAAAGAAAGUUUUAUUUACUGAUCAAAAACUAAGACUUUUCUAAUGGAAUCUCGAGUGGCUCAAAGACUGAGCCAGUGUGGUGGUCACAAAUAAAAGGUACAAACUAUAAUAAACCACACCCGGUGAUGGUGAGGGAGAUAAUUAGGUCACCUACAAACGAGUGUGAUAGUGAGUGUUAUGGUGCAGAAACAAGUAGUCAGGACCCACUGUAGUCACGGUGAUCAGAGUGACAGGUGUAAUCAGGUGAUAAGAGUGGGAAGUGACUAAUACAUUUGGCUUAGAAAAAAAAAAUAUCCCAAAGAACACAAAUUUACUAGUGAGAGGGAAAAGUAAUGUUGAAGAGAGAGGGAGAAAUGCUUGCUGACCUGUGGAAAAAUGAUUGCAAAAAACUAUACAAAAUCACAGGAAGCAAAAUGCGUGAAAGUUUGUGUCUCCACGUACCUGCGUGUGUGUACAUGUACGUGUGCGUCUCUUCUAAACAGAAAAUCAACAGCUUCAGAUGGAAAACUUUUGCAGAGGUGAAAAAUAAAAAGUUUCACGGAGCCCCAGUGAUCAUUGUUACCAGUGAUAAUACACAUAUCAUAAAGCUUCUCUUUUUGUCCCCCUUUCUAAUUUCACUGUUUAUAUUUUGCUAGAGCUUUUUAUCUCUCUGUUACUGUCUCUUCCUAGAAUUCUCAUUCUCUCCUUCCCAUAUAUCUCCCUCUCUCUUUCAAAAUCUUAUUCCACCUGUCGUUUCUAGAGAGUGACAGGUAUAUAUGGUAUAUUUUAUAACACCUUCCUCAUACCCAGCCAUCACUUUGAAAUAGCAUUACCCCACUAAAGACAAAUUUCUAGAAUUUGAACAUUUCUUCCAGCAAAAAAUGUAUUAGAAAUAUCAACCCCAAUAACUUAUAACCAAAUUCCACCUAGUCUCAGAUUCUAGAAUUUUGUCAAAAUCUGCAGUUCAAUAUAUAUACAGAGCAACCCACUUUUUCUGUGAGAUAAAACAUGAAGUUUAGAUCAUCGUUUAGGAAACAAGAACUUGCAGUUAGCAAGCCUUAAAUAGCCAGAGUAUCACCUGCAUUUAACCAAACCAAUAAUCAAACUUCAAGGAGUAAUCAGUUAUCACCCUUAUGGGGCGGCAUCUCAAGGCUCAUAGGAGUGGUUAUUGAUGCACCAGUUUCCGUUUUCUGUUGUGUAUCCUCCGAGUGAGGCCAAACAUUUUUAUGGGAAGGGCGAAAGUAUGUAUCAAAAUAUACAUAAUCGGAUUAUACUGUGCAGUCCUUAUAU